AUGUCGAACGCGAACGCUUCUCCAAGGCAUCUGGUUUUGAACCACGCCCGCCGACUCAUUGCGGCGAAACAACAAUCGGAAUCUUCAGCAACAGGUAUCAUAUCCGAAGGCUACCAGUUCCCCGCUCUCGAUCCUGGACAGGUUCAAAUCUAUUCAUUUUUUGAACCAAGAUUACAAGCCGGUGUAUACACGAUUCUUGCAACCCAGGAUAUUUCUGCGACUGUGAAUCCACCCACCGAUCCUAUACCCCAAAUUCAGAAUACCCAGACAUUUGAGGUCGUUAGCCCUUGUUACCAUAUACCAAGUAACGCUAUCUGUUCAACAUUUCCACCACAAGGCUACGGCGCUGAAGUCGAAACCUUACCUCAUGUUGUUCUCAAAGACCCUCACCUGCCAUGGGAGCGGGCGGCCAGCGCAAAAAACUCGUCUGAGAAAAAUAGAGUGCCAUGGUUGGCCUUAUUAUUAUUCACAGACGACGAGCUUCGUCUGGAUCCGAGUGACCUAGCUGGGGGGUCGGGCUCGAUAUUUGACGGCAUUACGACAACCCCAGGGGUAAAAUUACCUCUGAAACAAAGCCCUACGCUUUCUGUUAGCCUCCCACUUCCAGCAAUGGGGACUAUCGAGAAAAAUAGUGUCACUACGCCCAUCAACCCGAAGGAUACCAACACAGAAGACCAAACGAAGGCUAUGGACGUUAUCUUCUUAAAGCCGGCGCUUUUCAAUGAACUCUUCAGGGAGUAUGAUAAAACUGGUACUGCCACAGAGACAGAGAAGCAAACAACUUGCGAUGUUUCAAGAUACAAAUAUCUUUCACAUGUUCGGCUAAUCAAUACUGAGGGAAUGGCGGAAGCAAGCAGUCAAGGCGAGAGCAGCGGUCUCUAUAGUAUUGUUGUUUGCCAUCGAACUGGGCCAUUGACUAAUACUCAGCCAGUUCCUGUCUACGCCCAUCUCGUAUCCAUCGAGGGGGUAGAGGCUAUUCCAUAUCCAGUUGCUGACUCCAGUAGCUCCAGAUUUGUAGCGCUGGCAUCAUUAUACAGCUGGAGCUACUCCUGCCUGCCUGCGGAUAGCUUUAACUUGUAUACAGCAAUGAGACACCUUGGAGACACUAUGCAGAUGCUGAGAGCUCCUGACAACUUAUUGGCUUCGAUGGAAGUGUUGACCGCUCCAGCCGCUGCAUCUUCUGUAGCUGCCCGAUUGAGAGACGGCUACACACUUUGUAGGUAUAGGGUGCAAACCGGAGAGGUUACAACUGCAAUCAUGCGCGGUGCCCUGUCACCCACCGUCGUUCCACGAAAAGGUUCGCCAACGUACCAAAUACAGUCGAACUCGGGGACAAGCUUCCAGGUCUUUGACCGUUGCACAGGCCUCAUUGAUAUAACGUAUUCUGCAGCCUGGCAGUUAGGCAAAACACUAGCUCUCGCAGACCAAGCAUUUUGCGGCGCCUUGUCAAGAUUGCGCAGCACGGUAGAGAAAAUUGCUUUGGACAAGGCGAAAGCGGAUGAGUUGAUUAAGUACAAGGCGUAUUUGACUCGAGAAAAGGCAAUUGAGGCCCUGUUGCCUUUAAUUGAAGGGUUGAAUAAUCUAUCACAGCCUCCUGCUAAGAGCGCUGACCCUAGAGGUCCUCUUAAUAUGGUUGACCGGUUUAAGUCUACAUCACCAAAGACGGAUGCCAUUGACCUCUCUUUCAACAACCCUAGCAUACGUAGAGGCUUUAUGAAACACGCAGGAUCUCUUGUCGCCAAACUCGCUGGAAGCUCGAGCGACAUCGACUCCCAGGUAUAUAAUGAACUGAACACGGCAUACUCAACGGACUGGGCGGUAGUUCUCUCGUGGGUUCUAGACCGCAUGUUCCUGUCCAACAUUCCCGCCCAAUACUUGAUUGCGGAUCCAUCGUAUCUACCCCCGGAAAGUUUUAGGUUUUUCCACAUCGACGCUAAUUGGAUCGAUGCUUUAAUCGACGGCGCUUUGAGCACUGGGAACCAGCUUAAUGAAGAUGAAGAUGUAAUCAGGAUAUAUAUCAAAACAGCAAUUAACAGCUACAUAACUGACGACAUAAAAGAUUUGGGAAGACCACCGCAAAUACCUUCGUUUGGAUUUUUUAUGCGAUCCGAUAUCGUUAGUCAAUUCCCUGAUCUAAAGGUAACAGCAAAAUUCGAAAAUUCCGAUGAUAACAGAGUAAACAUACUACGCCACGAGAAUAUCAAUAAUGGCGUAAUGCUAUGCUUGUUCGACAGAUCGCCCGUGGAUGACAGUAGAGGAUGCCUCAAGAGUCUUAAAUUCACACAGCCGCCACAUCAACAGUCUUUCGCAAGUUCCACGACCCUGGGCGAAACAUCAAUAAUGAUAUCUUACCGCAAAAUGUAUAGCGAAUACGAGGCAGAUGAACCGCUGGGAGAACUCCAAUCGCCAGCGAUUUGGCACAAUCCUCCAUCACCUGGGGACCCGCCCAACCCUGUUUUUGUAUGGGGCCAAUCGGGCGAAAUCCGUACUUUGAUACCUCGCUCGCUGGCUCAAAGUGUCUAUGAUGCCCUCGUUGCGAAAAUGAAAUCCCAGGAUGGAACAGAAUUAUUCACGGAAACGAAGCCCACAUCUGCAAUGAUGGGCGUUCACUUGAAUAGUUCGACUUAUAUCCUCAACGUCGGCUAUGGUGUCGUUGCGGCUACACCUUAUGACACCAAGGGGGACGCAAGUACUACCAUCCAAGAUAGAACCUUGAUGACUUUCAUGCCGCCGACAUCUGAAUCUGCGAAAGACCCUCCUAAAGAGAGCAAUCCCGCGGCGAACCCCAAAUCCAACACGCAAGUCGUUCCAACUCCAACCCCAGAAAAUCGAGGAGCGGUCAGAAACAAAAGCAUGCCACCUCCGCCAAAUUUCCACCCACUGAUCCCUCUGAAACAAAAAGACCAAAAAUCACUAAAUGACUCCAUCGACAAUUUUCAACCGAUGCCGCCCGCCGAUGCCGGGCAGACAAUCUCUCAACCGCCUUCAUACCUCUUCGAUGUCUACACUGUCACAGAUUUGACCACAAAAAAGGACAAGAUCAAAGCGGGCGAUUUAAUUUCUACCGUGCCCAUGAACACUGGCCUUUACCAUGACUUAGUAUUCCGCGUCACGCUAGCCACAAAGAAUCUACAUGCCGAUUACAGGAUCAAAGAGUUCCGCGUGAUAAUUCAGCAGGGAGACGUUUCUGACAGCGCAAAAGGAACCUACCUAACGAAAGACUACAAAGGUCCGGGGCCAGUCAUGCUGAAUAAUCUAAGAUUCAACGUGCUCGCUGAAUACACAACACAAGGCGAUAUGGUAUUGAGAGUGGUGCCUAGAAGCAUGGACCCCACCGGUGUUCCAUUUGGAAACGUCGCCAACGCCACGUUCAUUUUGGGAUUGGUAAACGUCAAUUCAUAUGAUACGGAUAAGACCUGCGUCGUCUCUUUCCGAAUCAACGUCUGGUCUUCAGAGGGGGAUACAUGGUAUGGGACAAAUUUGCCAGUUGCUAUGAAUAGUGCGCCACCAGCAACAGUCAAGAGCAAAUGA